CGGGUCGCACGAGCUGGGGGGCGCUCUGAGGGGCGGGAAGGCGCUGAGGGGCGCUCGGGGCGCUGAGGGGCGGCCAGGCGCUGAGGGGCGGCCAGCGGCCGCGCCGUCAUGUGCUCCGGGGGGACGCUGAGCAUCCUGCGCAGUGACUCCUACGUUGACCUCAGCCAGUACCGGGACCAGCAUUUCCGGGGGACGCGGUACGACCAGGAGCGGCUGCUGAGGAAGAGCUGCACGCUGUACGUGGGGAACCUCUCCUUCUACACCACGGAGGAGCAGAUCCACGAGCUCUUCGGCAAGAGCGGCGACAUCAAGAAAGUCAUCAUGGGGCUGGACAAAGUGAAGAAAACCGCCUGCGGCUUCUGUUUCGUGGAGUAUUAUGCAAGAGGAGAUGCUGAAAAUGCAAUGCGAUACAUCAAUGGAACCAGACUUGAUGAUAGGAUCAUAAGGACAGACUGGGAUGCAGGAUUUAAGGAAGGUAGACAGUAUGGUCGUGGAAGAUCAGGGGGCCAGGUCCGGGACGAAUACCGGCAAGACUAUGAUGCUGGAAGAGGAGGUUAUGGCAAAACUGUUCAAUGCCAGUGAAUAGCGAAUGACUCAUCAGCCUCACAGGAGAACUAAAUCAGCAUUGUAAAUGUCACCAGGCACAAAGUAGGUCUGUUGCACACAAAUUUAUGUAGCUAGAAACAGUAUGUUCAGUAACUCUUAUGUUUUAAUAGCAGGAUCCAAAGCGUUGCAGUGCACAUUAGUACAGAGGACCUGGGAGCAAGGUUUUAAGUAAUAGUGCGUGUGAGGCUUUGUUCUCUAAAUGAUGCUGUAACUCUACUAAAAGAAACAAAGGUUUAAUGGUAUGGUGCUUUGUUUCACUGGCAAAACUUGAUUAUUCUGUCACUGGGUUUUGUUUACAUUGGUAUCACAGGGUGGAGAGCGGUGGUAAAGGAAGAUUGGUGUGUGUUUCAGAGGUGAAGGAAAAAGACAAAGAAACUGAAAAGGAAGUGGAAUUUCUAAGGAAAUUUUCCAGUUUCUAGGGAAGACUUAAAAGUUGCACCUUUUCUGGGGUUACUGGGUUGGCAUCCUUUUACACUGGUGGUGUUCUUAGCACACCUAUGUGAACGACCACAAUAAAACAAGGCAGACUGGUGAGCCUGGAAAUCAUAAAGUUAGAAGUAAGCCUAGCAGAGAGCAGAAAACAGACCCUUGGAGUCUUACACAAAGUAUAAUGCAAUUGCAUGACAGUGCAUGAUCCAGAACCAUUCGGCUUUGUGGGAUACAGAGAACAACAAGUAUAAGAAUUACAGUAGCAGUUAUUUUCACAGUUAGAGUAGUAGCAUUUUGCUGCUGUCGGAUAGCUCUCGAUAGCCUUAAUAUUUAAGGAACAAUAUAUUUCGUGUGCCUACAAGGGUGGCAUGAAGACAAGUUGUACAGUUACCCCCAAAAAUGGGAUGUUUGAGGAACAGUGUGUAUAAUGAAGAAGUUUGUUCUCAAAAUUGAUUUUCUGAUUGAGAAACUUGAUUUCAGACACAGGUAAAAAUUAAAAAAGGUGGGUUUUGGGAGGAGCCAUACUUUCUACUGAGCAUGUGGCAAGAAUGGUAAAAGAAUUGCAGGACUGUAUAGAUUCCCUUCCCCCCCGCCGCCUAUCCUAUUAAUACUGCUAGUUUAUAUGAUGGGAUUUUGAUGUGCUGCAGACACAAGAAUAAAAAUAAUUAGUGAUGCUGAGAUCUGUGAAACUGACCGACCUGCUGAAAUUAAAUAGUUUAAAAGGAACUUUUACAGGGCUUUGGAAUGUUUUGUGUGUACUUCUGAGUUCUUUGGAAAUGGCAGUUCAUAAAGUUUUGUCCAAAUACCUUGUUACCCAUGACUCCUUAAGAGCCUUUCAAAUACCAAGUAUGUGAAAAUUGGUCUUUACUUGCUGGGGAUGUUGCUGGAAAUCUUGAUGUGUUUCUUGUGUACUGUUAGUCACAACUAUUACUGUAAAUUGGAAAUACUGUGAGGUAGAACAACUGCAAUGGGACUUUGCUUACUUAGGAAGUGAGGUUCUGAGUCGGCUUUGGUGUUUUUUGGCGCACAAAGUAAAGCUAUUUUCAGGAUCACUAGGUGCUGGACUGCAAACAAGACUUUGAACAAAGUUACCUUUUUCUUUGUAGUACCUUUGAUUAUGAGUUUACAGCCUGUAAUCUGCUCUAGGAAACCUCUGAAGUUUAUUUUUCAUUGUAUCGAUUUUGUACAAAAAAAUGUGUUACCAAAACUCUAAGUCACUUUCAAAUAAAGCUGCAACAUUAAAA